GCUAACAAAGUGGGUUAUUCAUUUGAAGAGACCGGGGAUGCAGCGACACUGAUAGGAGAUGCCAUUAAUGGAAGAAGAACCUGGUAAAUACUUUUAUACGGGAAAGCAGCUUUGAGAUUAAAGUGUCUACAAACAGGAAAGGGUCUUGGUUACGUUUUAUGCUGAGUUGGAGUGAGGAGUAAGUUGCUCCGAAGGCCUCGGCUGUUGGCUUUGAAGCUCCCAAGUUUAGAAAGCUAACGCUACACCGACGGUUGAUAACGCUAGCACGGAGCCGUUAGCCUAGCUCGCUAGGCACAUAUUACGACUGCAUAUCGGGGUUUCCUGCCUCAUUGUUCACACAGCAUAAGAACUGUACCAGCACCACAGACAUUGGACUUGAACAUAGUCGUGUUUAUUGGUGAACCUCGCUGCUAAGAGAUGGGUGUAUUUCUGUUUUGUUACAUAGAGAGCUAAGUGGCUACAGUUAGCAUCCUCGAAUGCUAGCUAAUAGUAGCUAACGUAGCCGAUCCAGCCAGCAACUUCGGCAGCAGUUUGGAGGAGCGAAGGACGACAGUAUUGACGCUCUCAGGCAACCUCUGCUGUUCAGAGCAGUCGGUCUGCUGUCAUGUUUGAAAUGGAGACACAUAUAUCGUGCCUUUUCCCGGAGAUCCUCGCCAUUAUUUUCAGCUAUCUGGACGUCAAAGACAAAGGAAGAGUCGCUCAAGUGUGCGCGGCCUGGAGAGACGCUUCCUACCACAAGUCAGUAUGGAGGGGGGUGGAAGCCAAGCUCCAUCUGCGGCGAGCUAACCCGUCCCUGUUCCCCAGUCUGCAGACGAGAGGAAUUAAAAAAGUCCAGAUCCUCAGCCUGAGACGCAGCCUGAGCUACGUGAUUCAAGGGAUGCCGCACAUUGAAAGCCUUAACCUGUGCGGGUGUUUUAAUCUCACAGACAACGGACUCGGGCAUGCCUUUGUGCAGGACAUCCCAUCCCUGCGGGUGCUAAACCUCAGCCUUUGCAAACAGAUCACUGACUCCAGCCUGGGCAGGAUCGCCCAGUACCUCAAAAAUCUGGAGGUGCUUGAACUCGGGGGAUGCAGUAAUAUCACCAACACAGGCCUGUUGCUCAUUGCCUGGGGCUUGCACAGGCUAAAGAGCCUUAACCUGCGAAGCUGCAGGCAUGUGUCUGACGUAGGAAUCGGUCACCUGGCUGGGAUGACCCGCAGUGCUGCGGAGGGAUGCUUGUCUCUGGAGAAGUUGACAUUGCAGGACUGCCAGAAGCUGACAGACCUUUCUCUCAAACACGUCUCAAAGGGCCUCAACAAGCUUAAAGUUCUCAACCUCAGUUUCUGCGGAGGCAUAUCGGAUGCCGGGAUGAUUCACCUCUCACACAUGACCCACCUGUGCAGCCUGAAUCUGAGGUCAUGUGAUAACAUCAGUGACACCGGAAUAAUGCAUCUGGCCAUGGGCUCUCUUCAUCUGUCGGGACUUGAUGUCUCCUUCUGUGAUAAGAUUGGAGACCAGAGCCUGGCUUACAUCGCCCAAGGUUUGUAUCAGCUCAAGUCCCUGUCUCUGUGUUCCUGCCAUAUCAGUGAUGAUGGCAUCAACAGGAUGGUGCGCCAGAUGCAUGAACUCAAGACUCUCAACAUUGGACAAUGUGUGAGAAUCACAGACAAAGGGCUGGAGCUAAUUGCAGAUCAUCUUACCCAGCUGACAGGAAUUGAUCUAUAUGGCUGUACAAAGAUCACCAAGAGGGGUUUGGAGAGAAUAACACAGCUCCCAUGCCUUAAAGUGUUAAACCUGGGACUGUGGCAGAUGACGGAAAGUGAGAGACUGAGGUGAAAUCUCUCCUUGCUGAUGUUUUUUUUAAAAAAUUGUGUAUAGUGCUCAGUUGUACUGAGAGGGGCUGCCAUUCUUAAUUUUACUUUCAGUACUGUGACAAAAAACCUUGAGUGGUAAUCAGCAUUGAUCACUGGAAUAUUGUUCACCUUGACUGCAAUACUCCACUCUUACUCAGAUUUUGUUGCAGUUUUAUGCCCCUUUUAAUGUGUAUUGUUUAAGCUCAGCCUGUGUAGUUUCUAGCUACCUCACCUUUUGAACACAGGAGUGCCUACUGUUGCUGAAUACUAGAUUACAUUGUGUAUUUUUGUGACUUUCAAAACAAUGGAGAUUUUCAUAUGAAUGAAAUCUCACUGCAGAAGACUAGCUAGGCAUUUUAACUCUUAACAGAAAGGCUGGAGUCCCUUGGAUUGAAGUUUUGAUAGAAUGUCUUUUUUGGCUGAUGUAUUUUUUACUUUAAAACCAAUAUUUUUUUGUAUUGAAUGACCUGUUGACAAAAUUGUACUUCAAAUUGAAGUGGGUGGAUCACUCCUGUCUGUAUUUGUUUACUUAUGUAUAGUUGGCUAUGUCUCAUAUUCCUGAGGAAAUAAGUAUGUAUCAGAUGUUUCAGUAUGCAACUCUGUUAAGGAUUCUUCAAUACAGCUACAUUAAGGCGUAGUAAUUAACAACUCUGAAGGCUAUAUGCAAUAUCUCAAACUGCUCAGCAAUGGUUUUUUCCCCCUGCGGAGCUUCCAGCGAUAGUGUCAGAGUAUUUGUUUAAAAAAACAUAAUUUAAGAUCAUUUUAUAUUCAUACAGUAGUGAUAUUUAUGAAUAAAAACUACAGAUAUGUUU